AUGGGGGCCUCAGAUAGAAGCACAUCUGUGUCAUCCAAGAGUAAAGCUACCUCCCAUGAGGGCACAGGAACCUUGGACAAGACCACAACUGAACCACCCAAGACCAUAACUAUCUACCAUGAGGGAAUGAGAACCUCAGACAGGACCAUACCUCACUUAGAUAAGACUACAGGAGAUGCCCCUAAGGAUAAUGGAACCUCAGGAACGACAACAUCUCUCUCACAGAUCACCAGCACCUCACGUGAGAGCACAGGAGCCUCAGACAGAACCACAUCUGUCUCACCCAAGACCGUAACUACCAAUCAUGAAGGAAUGGGGGCCUCAGAUAGAAGCACAUCUGUGUCAUCCAAGACUGUCUCACCCAAGACUAUAACUACCUCUCAUGAGGGCAUGGGAACCUCAGACAGAACCACAGCUGUCUCACUCAAGAUAACAGACACUUCCCACAAGGGAAUGGGAACCUCCAUUACAAGAGAUUUGAACAAAGUCACUGGAGCAUCAAAUAGGACACCUGCAUUUGACAAAACCACAGGCUUGACUAUAGCUGUUUCAGACAAGGUAACUGAAUCCUUAGGAACCUCAAGCACAUCUACAUCUGCUUCUGACAAAACCAUAGGAACCACAGAACCAACCACAGUCAUGGGAAGUUCAGACAAAACCAUAACUUUUGGGGGAACCUCAGAAAAGAUGACCAAAUCCUUAGAAAGGACCACAGGCAUCUACAAGACUGCAACAUCUUCAAAUCAAACUCUGGAAGCUUCAGACAAAACUACCCAAAUUUUAGAUAAAACCACAAAAACUUCAGGAGCCACAAGAGCUUCAGAGAAGACCACAGAACCUUUGGACAACACUACCCAUAAAUCUCCAUCUACUCCCUUUAACACUUCAACUAUCCCUUAUCUGCCACUCCAGGUUACUAGUGAGAAAACCUUUGCCCCUUUCACAACUCUCAACAACAACCAGGAGCUGAAUUCUACCAAAUCGGUCAGUGACAACUGGCCAGAUCCGAAAACAGAUCAUUCAAGAGGAGAGUCCCAGAAUGGAGCAACCCAGGGGAUGCUGGAGGGGAAUUCUUUUCCUGCCUGGGCCAUUGUCAUUGUAGUUCUGGUGGCGGUGAUCCUCCUGCUGCUAUUCAUUGGCCUACUCAUCAUGGCUGUCUACAUAAUCCGAAUACGUCACCAUCAGAUGACAACAGACCGAGAGGAAAAUGAUGCAGAAGAUGAGGUUGGCCCCAAUUCUUAUCCUGUCUUCCUGAUGGAGCAGCAAACACUGGGUCGGAGCCCAUUACCGUUACCUUAG